AUGCUAGCAAGCAAAACAAGAAGCCUGAAUUUCAACCAGACGCUGGAGGAGCUUGCUCUCUACUGGGCGGAACAACAAGGCCGAGUCAUGACCACUGGUCAAAACGAUUUCUAUUAUUCCAACAAGUACGAAGACGACGAAUACGAGUACAGGCAUGUCCAUGUUACUAAAGAGGUCGCCAAGCUCAUACCGAAAAAUCGUCUCAUCAGUCACCAGGAUGGAUGGUGCCACUAUAUGAUCCAUGGCCCGGAACGGCAUGUCCUUCUGUUCCGCCGUCCGCUACCGAAUAAGAACAAUGUCGCCGGUAAGAAUUCGACCCAAGCACAGGAGCCUGCAGCAGCAUCAACGGAGACACAAAAAAGCAUCGAUGCAAAAAAUACCGAAGUUAUGGAGUCGAACGAAGAAGACGAUUUCCUGGCGAAGCUACAUACCUUUACAGUAUCCACCAAAGCGUGUCCGAAGUACUGGGAAAUGUUCAUUGAAACAACGGUUAUUAUGUUAGUCGCCGUGAAGAAUCUGUAA